CGCACUCCGCACGCCGGCUGAGCUGGUCUUGCUCCUCGGUGCGCGGCGGCGGAAAGCGAGGCCUGGUGAAUACUGCUGAGGCGCGGGCAGGCUCUUCGAGGUUGUGCACGGGAGAGGUACCGUGGGCGAGCGAGCGAGCGCCUCACUCUAGCAGUGGCACCGGGAUCGGUUGCCUCGAGCCGAAAUCAUGACCACCCCAGGAAAAGAGAACUUUCGCCUGAAAAGUUACAAGAACAAAUCUCUGAAUCCUGAUGAGAUGCGCAGGAGGAGGGAGGAAGAAGGACUACAGUUACGCAAGCAGAAAAGAGAAGAGCAGUUAUUCAAGCGAAGAAAUGUUGCUACUGCAGAAGAAGAAACAGAAGAAGAAAUUAUGUCAGAUGGUGGCUUUCAUGAGGCCCAGAUUAAUAACAUGGAGAUGGCACCUGGUGGUGUUAUUACUUCUGAUAUGAUUGAAAUGAUAUUUUCCAAUAGCCCAGAGCAACAGCUUUCAGCAACACAGAAGUUCAGAAAACUACUUUCAAAAGAACCUAAUCCUCCUAUUGAUGAAGUUAUCAGCACACCAGGAGUAGUGGCAAGGUUUGUGGAAUUCCUCAAACGAAAAGAGAAUUGUACACUGCAGUUUGAAUCAGCUUGGGUACUGACAAAUAUUGCUUCAGGAAAUUCUCUUCAGACCCGGAUCGUGAUUCAGGCAGGGGCAGUGCCUAUCUUCAUAGAGUUGCUCAGCUCAGAGUUUGAAGAUGUCCAAGAACAGGCAGUCUGGGCUCUUGGCAACAUUGCUGGAGAUAGUACCAUGUGCAGGGACUAUGUUUUAGACUGCAAUAUCCUUCCCCCUCUUUUGCAGUUAUUUUCAAAGCAAAACCGCCUGACAAUGACCCGGAAUGCAGUAUGGGCUUUGUCUAAUCUGUGUAGAGGAAAAAGCCCACCUCCAGAAUUUGCAAAGGUUUCCCCCUGUCUGAAUGUGCUUUCCUGGUUGCUCUUUGUCAGUGACACUGAUGUACUGGCUGAUGCCUGCUGGGCCCUCUCGUAUUUAUCAGAUGGACCCAAUGAUAAAAUUCAAGCGGUCAUUGAUGCAGGAGUAUGUAGGAGACUGGUGGAGCUGCUAAUGCAUAAUGAUUAUAAAGUGGUUUCUCCUGCUUUGCGGGCUGUAGGAAACAUUGUCACAGGGGAUGAUAUUCAGACACAGGUAAUUUUGAAUUGUUCUGCUCUUCAGAGUUUAUUGCAUUUGCUGAGUAGCCCAAAGGAAUCUAUCAAAAAGGAAGCAUGUUGGACAAUAUCUAAUAUCACAGCUGGAAAUAGGGCACAGAUCCAGACUGUGAUAGAUGCCAACAUCUUUCCAGCUCUUAUUAGUAUAUUGCAAACUGCUGAGUUUCGGACAAGGAAAGAAGCUGCUUGGGCCAUCACAAAUGCAACUUCUGGAGGAUCAGCUGAACAGAUCAAGUACCUAGUAGAACUGGGUUGUAUCAAGCCGCUCUGUGAUCUCCUCACUGUCAUGGACUCUAAGAUUGUACAGGUUGCCCUUAAUGGCUUGGAAAAUAUCUUGAGGCUUGGAGAACAAGAAGCAAAAAGGAAUGGCACUGGCAUUAACCCUUACUGUGCUUUGAUUGAAGAAGCUUAUGGUUUGGAUAAAAUUGAGUUCUUACAGAGUCAUGAAAACCAGGAGAUCUACCAGAAGGCCUUUGAUCUUAUUGAGCAUUACUUUGGGACCGAAGAUGAGGACAGCAGCAUUGCUCCCCAGGUUGACCUUAGCCAGCAGCAGUACAUCUUCCAGCAGUGUGAGGCUCCUAUGGAAGGUUUCCAGCUUUGAAGCAAUACUGCUUUCAUGUUCCUGUGUCAGACCAGGCUACCCAGUCGAGUCCUCUUGUGGAGCCCACAGUCCUCAUGGAGCUAACUUUUCAAAUGUUUUCCAUAAUACUGUUUGCGCUCAUUUGCUUGCCUUGCGCACCUGCUCUCUUACACACAUCUGGAAAACCUCUGGCUCUCUGUGGUGGAAUACCCUUAUAAUAAUAGGGUAACCAGAAUGGCCCACUUUAAUGGAAAAAUCCCUAGGCUUUGGAGAUCCGCAAUUAUAUUAGAGUCAUGGGAAUAUAUAUAUAUAUAUAUAUAUAUAUAUAUAUAUAUAUAUAUAUAUAUAUUAAUGUGGCUCCCUUUUUUGUGGGGGAGAAAAAAGGACUCUUCCUCAUUCCCUUUAAAGUGGGAAACAAAUACUGACAUUAAAAGAUAAAACUAAACCUUUAUCUUGAAUUUCACACAACUACUUGUGACAAGGGAGAUGUUUAGACUUGUUGUGUACACUUCAGAGUACUUUUCAUGAGUUCUUCCACAGUGAACCCUUGGAUUAUCUGGUGGCUUUUUCUAGCCAAAUUUGCAUUAAUUCUUACUAAGAUUGGAUGGUUUUCUUUCCUCUAUUGGCGCCAUUCUUCAGAUAUUAAAAUUAAACCAUCCACUCCCUUACCUUCAGCCUUCAGUGAAUGCUUUCUAGUUGUCAGGAAUGCUGAAGAAUUAACACUUUGACUCUUAAAUGUGAUACUGGUUUGCAGAUUCCCUUAAAGCAGAAAAAAGAGGAGCACGUAUUAAUUUGUAUGGCUUUUGCUUCUCUUUGGUCUUGUGUGACUUAGGAUUUGGAAGUGGUUCAGUUCUAAUGCUGGUAUGAAGAUUUAGAGUUCUUAGUAAUCAAAAAACAUAUCCUAUAAUUCAGUUACAAAAUAAGGAGGAAAAAUAAAAGGACUUGAACCUUCCAAUUUUCUCAGACUUAACCCAGAUGACUAGAGGCUGUGUUUCUGCAUUACAACAAAUAUUUCAGGCUUUGUGGUCCUGAUCAAGGUCCUCAGUAAAUUGGAGUUAACCCUAGGUGCUUUCCCCCUCUGUGACUGGCAGAUAACACAUUAUUUUAAAGAAUACUUAAGAAUUUUUUUUUCUUAGUCAAGUGCAGCUUGAUUCUGAUAUACUCCGGCUGCAUAUAUGAUCCCUGUAAUGUAGCAUUCUUAAGAAAAACAACCAUUUUUCUCAACAUGACAUGCUUAAUUCAAAUAAGGGCAGUGAUCUUUUUUUUUAAUAACCUCAUUGUUCCCUAAUAAUUUUAUUUCAUCUACUAGUACCAACUCCCACCCUCACCCCCAAUAAAAAUGGUGUCCACCUUCUGACUCAUUUAA